GCUCCGCCGUGUAGACUCGCGUGCGCUUAGUGCUUUGCCUUUUUAACCUUCCUACGAUAACCCCCCCGUGCUUUACCGCUGUCUUCGUAUUGUACACCGACGCCGAAGUAGUCCUUUCACUAUCGUUUCCCUAAUCCACGCUUGGCCUUUUAGUUCCUAUGGAGGAAUCCGUCGAACACAAGAGGCGCCGAGGCGAGGAGGAGGGCUUCCCGGAGAGUUCCUUGCCCGCGGCCAAGCGCCUUCACGAUGACCUUCUCCUUGAUGACGACGACGCAGGCGCCCGGGAGCAGGACCUCGCCUCCGUUAUGAAGAGCCUGGAGGAGGAGAUUUCUCUCCCGUCGCCUAUGCCGCCUCAGUCGCAGGCUGCUGUGUGGUCAGACCAGCCGGAUUUGGGGUACCUCUGCGAGGCCUCCGAUGACGAGCUUGGCCUACCGCCGCCGCCUUCGGUUCCGUCAUCGUCCGUCGAGGGCGGCGAGGCCCCAGAGUUGGAAGCCUCCACUGUCGCCACCGAAGGAGGUGCGACGGAGACUGUGGAGAUCGGUCAGAUGUGGGGAUUCGACGACGAGUUCAGCGGCUACGGGUUGCCAGAUGAAGUGUUCGGGAUCGGGUCGGAGUGUAGGGUGGUGGCGGAGUCGGAGAACGGGAUGCUGUUCGACUGCGGGCUGUUCGAAGUCGCUGACGCCGCUGACUGUUCGCCGGCCGACUUCGCGGAUAUCCCCUGGCGGUCGGAGACGCUUCCCGCCGUCUGAUCGAUGUCGGACGCAUCCAGCUUUUCUCCAUUAAAGUUUUUAAAAUUAUUUUUUAGUUUGUAAACUUUCGAAAAAAUAGAAUUAUAUAUAUAUAUAUAUAUAUAUAUAUAUAUAUAUAUAUAUAUAUAUAUAUAUUAAAAGGACCCAAAACUUGCAGCAGAUCCAAAUCGCUUCAUCAAUUGAUGUCAUCUGAUACGAGAAAAGAUAGGGAAUUAUAUGUACUAUGAAUCUGUGGUUUCCCUUCUCAAUGGAACUCUCGUGAACCUAAUAACCAUGAUAUAGUGAUAACAACUCAAUUAUAUAUCAUAUUAAA